AUCAUACACACCUGCUUCCUAUUCAUCUAUCUCUUUCCUCCUGUACUAUAAUCUUUACUCUGAUUGUACCUCUCACUGUCCCUACCUCUACCAUAUACAUACACACUUACACAUAUCAUCGUCCAAAAGGAUAAAAUAACCGCCAAAAUGCAAUUCACCAAAUCCACUCUCCUCACUCUCCUCCCCCUCCUCCCUCUCACUACCGCCGCCGACGUCUCGACCGUCUCCCUCUUCACCUACCACCCAGCGACCACCGCAGGGGCCAACAUCCCCGAAUUCUCUCUCUCCAGCGUUCCUCUCGGCGCCUCCAUCAUCAGCGCCAACCCCACAGCCACCACCAUGGCCGUCUCAUGCCUCAACGACGAUAACUGCAUCCUGCCCAGCCCCAUCACCGUCACCGCAGGUCCCUCCACAUACACUCUGUCCGCUGUGUACAGCACCAGCAUGGAGGGUGUGCAGGAGGUGCUCACCAUCGUCGAGGACUGCAAGAUCACGGGCGUGACGCAGGGCGCGUCCUGCAGUGUGAGCUAUGGAGUCGAGGCGACGUACAAGGGAGUUAGCACGAGUACGGCGAGCAACACUCAGAUGAGUAUCGCCAGUGCGGAGAUUGGGUAUGAGACUGUCAGUGUCACUGGGGGUGCUGACAAGUUGAGUGGUGCGACUGCGACUGGAACUGCUAGUGGAAGCACCGAGACGGGUAUGGCUGGACGUAAUGCUGUCGGGGCUGGAGCUUUGGCUAUGGGUGUGGCUAUUGCUGGGUUGGGGAUGUUGUAGAUUAUGAUACUUGAUUAUGAUUGAUUAAAAUAAUUGGCAAAGGGGUAUGUUGUGGAGGAUAUAAUGUUUGGUUAUUACGUUCAUCUAUGCUUAGUAUAUGUUGCUCAUCAUACUCAGUUGCAACUACAUGGCUAGCUACCAUAGCCACUUUCAAUAUGUACAACGCCUCUAUGUCA